UCUUCGUCGUCACUCGCCAUUUCCGACAUUCCGAGGUUUUUGGGAUUAGGGGUUAAUAUUCUAAUUUUCAAUUUCUAGCAAAGCUGUAGGAAGUAAGUAACCAGAGAGAAACACUUGAGAAAAAAGCUGUAGAGAGUGGAUAAAGGAAAGAAGACGGUGGUCGCCGAUCCGCCGGGAGCAGAGAGAGACGCACUAAUGACAAACCUGGCGGGCUUUUCUUCCAAAUUCCAAUAAAAAUACCUAACCCGGUUUUUGGUUUAAUUUCGGUUCAAUUGUCGGUCUGAGAUUGAAAACCCGGUUCAGGUUUUGGAGAUUUUGACUGGGGUUUAGAACGAAAGUACACCUCUCUGCUGCUUUUUUUCGAGAAGCUCUGACGAAGAAGAUGGGUGAAGAAGAAGCAGUAGCCGAAGAAAAUGGUGGACUUAAGGUAGAAUCAGGAGAACAAAACUCAUCCUGGCGUACUAUGAGAUUUGAUGUCUCUCCUUAUAGAACGCACCAUUUCUCUAAGCAGUUCAGGACCGCUCGAAACCCUUAUAAUUUCCUCAAGGGUCUUAAAUGGUCACCUGAUGGUUCAUGUUUCCUUGCAAGCUCUGAGGAUAAUACACUUAGUCUGUUUCAUCUGCCACAAGAUGGAGGGGAUUCUAAUGGCUAUGGAGUGCCAGUCCCCCUCUUUCACGUCUCUCUCUCUAAAGAAAAUGCAUGGUGUACUACUUCUACUUUUGCUUUUUGUUUUAAUCCGCUUAACACGGCCCAUGAAUACACAUGA